AUGCUUUAUGCCGGCCAUGCUGGGACAAGACCUGCGUGCUGGCUUCAACAGGAUGGCAAUGGAGAAUAUGCGCUGAACCUCCCGUUCACUCCCAACACCAAGGUCCCUCUGCUCGACCCUGGCAACGGAAUCGGGAUAUUGGUCGCAGCAAUCUUGCUUGAUCCACAAGAGACCUUGAACAGGCAGAUCAAUGGUUGGAGUGGCUAUUUCCUGGUUAGCCGGCUGUCGGAGGACUUCGAAGCGGCUACUACACAGAAGGUUCAGCUGAACACUCUGCCAAUGGAUACGUGGGCAUCAUUAGGUGAAUUGAAGGGAAACUUCCAGCUCGUCAUUCCUCCAGCAUACUAUAUUUGUGAGCUAGCGGACGCGGUUGAUAAGAGAUUGAACCUGGUGGCCCAGUCUGGAUUACGGAAGCUACUCAGCUGGAAGGACUAUGCCGCCGAGCAGUUCAAGGCUUGA